AUGGCGCGUGCUCCGGUUCGAUUGAAUGUCUAUGAUAUGUAUUGGUUGAAUGAAUAUGCGUCGACUGUUGGAUUUGGUGUGUAUCACUCUGGAAUAGAAGUUUAUGGAGUUGAAUAUGCGUAUGGAGGACAUCCGUUUGCCUUCUCAGGUGUCUUUGAAAACACACCACAGGACGCAGAGGAACUGGGCGAAAAUUUUAAAUUCAGAGAAAGUAUUUUGAUUGGUGAAACGGACUUCAGCGCUACAGAUGUACGACAUAUGAUACAGUUGUUUGGACACGAGUAUCGUGGUGAUAAAUAUCAUUUGAUAUCUAAAAAUUGUAAUCAUUUUUCUGCCGCCUUUGCAAAGGUUAUUAUUAUUGGUUCGGUUUAUGAGUUCUAA